AUGCGCGGCCGCGACCCCAUGUGGUCCCACCUGCCUGGCGCCUUCUGCCGCCGCCCGGGUUCCCGCCUCCCUCCCCCCGAGGUCGAGUCGGACCGGGCCCCUGGGUCCCUGACUCUCUCCUACGAGAUUGAGUCCGACCGGGGGCGCCGCGGCAAGCACCCUGUUUUACAGGACGCAUACAAGAUGAGCAAUCCUUGUGAAUGCUGUCAGAGCAAGCUGAAGUUUAUUCGGCAGAUAAAUGGAAAUUUUAUGCAUAGGUCAGUCUUACCAGAGUGGUUUGUUAAUCAACUUGGAAGAAAGAUAUGGAGAACAAUCAAACUUCAAGCCCCUAAUGGGAUCAUAUAUGAUGUUGGAGUUACUGAGAACAUGAACAGAAUUAUCCUCAAGCUUGGGUGGGCAGCAUUUCUGGAUGCUAAUGAAAUAGAAGAAAACUUUUCGUUGAUGUUUCGGCACCUCGGAAACGGCCCGUUUGAGGUUACAAUAUUUGAUUCCAAUGGGAAGGAGAAAGCCUCGAGCUGUCACCUUGUUGAUAAUUCGAGUAGUUCUCAUGAUGGUGCUACUCAGUCGUCAGCAGGGGAAGAUUCAAAUACAGAUGGAAGCCAAAAGGAAAGCUCCUACUGUUGCAAAAAAUCAUCAACGAUGCCUGCAAUAGCAGAAGACAAUUCUGUGGAGUCAGAUGAUCAACAGAAGCUUUCAAACUAUUAUGUAUUAUCAGGGCAGUGCUAUCUUACAGAAUCACAGGAGGUAAAAAUGCUUGCACUAGUGAAGAAAAUUCGACCUGAAAUCCCUAUGCUUGUUGUCCAGAUGAAGAAGAGCGAUGUAAAACAGGGUCCUAGUCUGGUAAUACGUAAGGAUUAUGCACUCGAGCACUUGCCAUGCAAAGAUACAAAUAUAAUACUCCAGCUGCCUAGGAAAAACAAGGAUUGGCACUGCAGAUUCACUAUCAGGCCAUCUGGGACGUCUGAUGCUGGUCGGCGCAACCUUUCACUGGGGAACUUUGUCCAUGACAAUCAUGUUAGAGAAGGUGACAUCUACCUCUUUGAACCAAUGGCAAAUGCUAAGCAGAAAAGAUUCACAAUGAUUGCCCAUCUCCUCGGUAAAGAGAGCAUUGAUCAUUCCCCUGGUGCAAGAACUGACAUUGGCUCAAAUCAUGGAAGGACAAGCAAAAAGAUGGCAGUUGCUAUGGAGGAACCACCUACCGAUGGUGAAGAGUACUCUUCGGAACAUGGAGAGCAUGGAGUCCCUGAUGAUUCUGAGGGAGGUUCUGAGCCUCCCUUCAUGUUGCCUGACAAAUCCUGUCUAACACCAGCACAGAAGGAAAAAGUGUUCGAGAAAGUCAAUGAAAUCAAGUCAGAACUGCCCUUGUAUGUUGCUGUCAUGGGCAAGAGCAAUGUCUGUCGGGGUGGUAGCUAUAACAUUCCCGUCCUAUGCUUUGGCUCGCAAUACACAAGCAGAUAUCUUGUUCAGAAGUCUGCUGCUGGCCAUCAUCGUGGAAAGAAUCGACAUAUAACUUUGGUGCUCCAGCGGGAGGGGAAGAGCAGAUCAUGGACUACCAAUGUGCAACACAGCAUGCGACACACAGCUCAUAUAAUGAGGGUUCUCAAAGGAUGGACCUCUUUCGCCCGCGCCAACCGCCUGAGGGAGGGGGACCUCUGUCUCUUCAAGCUGAUGAAGAACAAGGAGCCUCUGACUAUGAUGGUCUACAUCAUUCGCCAUGAGAAAUUUUAG